CUUACCUCCACACUGAGGGCUCCUGGCUUUGGAAGCACCUCUUGCUCAGUCUCCACCAUGAGCCGCAGACCCAGUGCCACCACCUCCUCUCACAGAGCCAGGCCACUGUGUGCCCUGCAUGUGCUGCUGCUGCUGUCACUGCUCCUGGCCGCUCUGGUUCCCUCCACCAUUGGAGGAGGAGUUUACCAAGAAGAAAAUUACCAGACUAUUGGGCUGCAGUGCCAAUGUGUGCAGGCUUCUGCAGAUUCAUUCCCGGGGCAGCCAGGAUAUGGAUUUCUUCAAGUCUCUGACCCACUGCGACAAACUAUGAGUAGUAGCCACAUAGAAGUUCUGAAGCAUCCAAUGUCUCAAUCUGGAGCUACCGUGGUCAAGAAGGUAGUCAAGAGCAUGGUGUAAUGUGAUGAGACAGGUGAUUAGCCUGCUCAGUCUCUCCCAAACCUUUUUACCUGCUGGGAAGAGCAGGACUGUGAAGUCUUGCCUUUUUUGAAUCCUUCUUUAUCCAGAUACCUAAUGCUACUGUAAUCUUUGGAAAUGUUUUCAUGCUGUCUCCAAAAUCACAUUUUAUCAUGAGACGAUUGAUCAGAAAGAAGAAGAAAGUAAACAAGCCUAGUUACUACAACUGAUAUGUGCUUUACUCCCUAAUUCUUGAA